AUGGCCGCUAAAGCAGAAGCGCGCACACGCCUCUGUGGUCCUUGCUUCAGCCGUCAGUCCGACACCGACACAUCUGCUCCUACUAUCAUGCACAUAAUCGACUUCGUGUCCGGCUCGAUGGCAGGAGCGUGUGGGGUGGCGGUCGGAUACCCACUGGACACCAUUAAGGUCCGCAUUCAAACCCAGAAGCAGUUCACAGGAAUCUGGCAAUGUGCAAAAACAACCUUUCUGAAGGAGGGGGUGUCGGGCUUCUACAAAGGCUUGGCUCUCCCGAUCGCCACCAUCGCCAUGACCUCGUCUGUCACGUUUGGAGUUUACCGUAACUGUCUGCAAUGCCUGAGCCAGCUGAAGGGCGGAGCUAACAGCCGUGUGGACGUUUGGCUGGCAGGGAUGGCCGGAGGCAUCGCACAGACUUCAGUGAUGUCCCCGGGGGAUCUGGUGAAGGUGCGGCUGCAGUGUCAAACUGAGGCGAAGCGCGGUGGCCCGGUCAAGCCCAAAUACAGUGGUCCAAUCCAUUGUUUGCUGAGCAUCGUGAAGGAAGAGGGGGUGAGAGGUCUGUACCGAGGAGCCCUCCCCCUGAUGCUCCGGGAUGGACCCUCCUAUGCCACAUACUUCACCAUGUACGCCUCUAUCUGUGAGGCGCUGAGGGACCAGGACCAGGGCAGGCCAGACUGGGGUGUGGUGAUGCUGGCGGGGGGAGUGGCCGGAUCCUCUGCCUGGGCCGUGGGGACACCGAUGGACGUGAUCAAAGCACGCAUGCAGAUGGACGGAGCAAGGGACAUUAAACGUUACAGUGGCCUGCUGCACUGCAUCCAGGAUACGGUGCGCACAGAGGGUCCUCGGGUCUUCUUCCGCAGCCUGGGCAUCAACUGCCUACGUGCCUUCCCCUCCAACAUGGUGGUGUUCAUGACCUACGAGCUGCUCACAGACUUCUUACGGGUGAGGACACAGUCUGAAGACAUGCCAUAUGUGGUCAUGGACUAG